GUUAGGGGGUAGAAGUCUAAGUGGUGAGGAGUGGAACUGUUGUCCAGUUGUGCACCUGACACCAUGGUUGACCUCCGUAGGGGGAAGAGUACUACCCCUUACACCCAGGCUCAAGAGGAGCAAACCGCUGCCAUCCUGAGAGAGAGGAAAGAGAGAAAGAGAAGAAGGAGCUCCUUAGACAGGCGAAGAUGAAGGUGAUAGCAAAGGAGCAGGCGGCGAAGAAAAAGAAGCUAGAGGAGGAGACAAAACAGUUGCAGCAAGAAGAGGAGGAGAGAAUGAGGGCUGCAGUAGAGGAAGAGGUUGAAGAGGAGGAGCAGCCGGAAGAAGAGCCCCCCAGAAGAAGAAGAUUGGGGGAAGGAGGAGAGAGCAGUGGCGCGAAGGAAGAUGACCCGUGGGUAGAAAAGAGGAUAUCCGAAUGGGUGGCUAAUUUAUCAUUGGGAGAAGAUGAGGAGGCGAUGCUGUACAUACCUCAAGAGGAGAAGGAAGCAGCAAUUAAGGAGAUUGAGGCGACGAGUGAUCGCUUAGAACGCCAGGCAAUAGAGAAUGAGAAGAGGUUGGACUGGAAGUUGCUCAAGAAGGAUGCAAUCUGGAAGUGGGACAAAGAUUGUACGUCCGCUCUUAAGAAGUUAAAGCGAGCGUUGAUAGAGUACCUUGUCCUCAAGGUGGCAGAUCCGUCCUUGUCAUUUGUCGUCACCACGAACGCAAGUCAGUAUGGUAUAGGCACCGUGUUACAACAGAACGUCGGCAAUGGCUAUAGACCCGUAGAGUUUAUGUCAGCAAGGAUGCCCUCAGAGAAAGUGGCUACCUCGACCUACGAGAGAGAACUCAGGCAAGCCUUAGAGCACUGGAAGCUUUAUUUGCUUGGGAGGCAUUUCAAAGUUUAUUCAAACUACGAGACCCUUAGAUGGUUGAAAACGCAGGCCAAGAUGACACCUAAGCUAACUAGGUGGGCCGCUGAGAUAGACCAGUAUGACUUUGAGCUCAAACCAGUCAAGGGCAAGUAUAACAUAGUUGCGGAUGCUCUAAGUAGGAGAUUAGAUUACUUUGGAGCUAUAGUUCACUAUCUGGAUAUUGGGAGAGACCUGCAAGAGAAAGUUAGAGAAGCGUAUGCACAGGACCCUAUUUAUAGUGACCUCCUCAAGAAAGUUAAGGAGGCCCCAGAGACCGAACCAGAUUACCGCACUAUAGAGGGAUUGUUGUUCGAGAAGACCAACGUAGUAGACCAUCUGUACGUUCCUAAUAGUGAGGAGAUUUGUAGUUUGAUCCUAGGGGAAUGCCACGACACAGAGGGACAUUUCGGUUGGCAAAAGACUCUAGCCAAUCUGAUGCAUGCAUAUACUUGGCCAGGAAUGAAAGCCGACUGCAUAGAGAGUGUAGAGCGUAAUGGCUUCAUGGGAGAGCUGCCUAAUCUGGAAAAUGUUACAAGUUUGAUGAACUUGAAUGCCCAUUCGAAUCAACUGACGGGGACAAUCCCGUCUUGGAUUGGGAAACUAGAGCUGGUAAUGAUGAUUGAUUUGAGUUCCAACCGGCUAUCAGGAGGCAUACCCGAGAGCUUGCAGAAUUUGACAAAUCUUCAAGUGCUGCGGCUUGGUGACAACCAGGUGAAUGGAACGAUUCCCCCAUCACUCGGACAUCCUGCACAAGCCUCGCUCAGAGUGAUGUGGAUGGAGCAGACCGACCUUACUGGGCCAGUGCCAAGCGGCUGGACAACAAGUGAUGCAAGCAAGCUGGAUUAUGCGAUUUUUGAGACCCCUAUUUGUGAAGAACAUCCACAAUUAGGGGUGAACCGACAGCUAUGUCAAGUGCGUCCAGAGAGCAGCUUGUUUUCAGGGUCUUCAGAUUCUGCGCCACCGUUCCGAGACUUUGAUAGCGAGAGGAUUUUGUCCUUGAGACAACAGGUUGCUAAAGACCUGAACUUAAAUGAGACACAGGUACAAGUUGAAAAUUUCACUGCUGCCGGUGAUCGGCUGGAGAUGGCACUUACAUUCUAUCCACCAGAAUUUCGAUCAUUGAAUGCUGAAGAGAUGACGAUGAUCAAGGAUGGUUUGUACACUCAGAAGGUUCACCUUGGGGCAGAUCUUGGACCAUAUGUUGCACUUAACUACAGCCUACCGGGCGCGUUGAUUGUGAAAGAGGAUAAAGGCCUGUCAACAGGUGAAACGGCUGCUAUAAUCACAAGUGCCGUUGUUGGUGGCCUUAUAGUAUGUGUGGCUAUAAUGUACGCAUACAAUCAGAAGAAACGGGCAGAUUAUGCAGAACAUUACCCUGCUCAAGCAAUCUCAAUUACGGUUGGGGGGGAUGACAAUGAGCCUCAGAUUCAGUUCAAGGGUGCCCGCAUAUUCAGGUUCGAGGAACUGAAGCGCGUAACCAACAAUUUUUCCGAGAGGAAUGUACUGGGGAAAGGUGGGUAUGGAAAGGUCUACAAAGGAGUUCUACGAGAUGGUGAGGAAGUUGCGAUUAAGCGACUAGACAAGGAAUCACAGCAGGGAGAUCGAGAGUUUUCGACGGAGGUUGCCUUGCUGCUGAGACUGCACCACAGGAAUCUUGUAAAUCUUGUGGGCUUUUGCACUGAGGGUCCAGAGCAGAUGCUGGUUUACGAAUAUAUGCCAAAUGGGACUCUUAACGAGCACUUGAAUGGCUCAAGGGGACGCACGCUAACAUGCUACGAGCGGCUAUCCAUAGCAGAGGGAGCAGCCAGUGGAUUGGUAUAUCUUCACGUGCAUGCGGAUCCACCCAUUAUUCACCGUGAUAUCAAGCCUGGAAACAUCCUUCUCGACAGUCGGUUUGUUGCAAAAGUUGCAGAUUUCGGCCUCUCAAAACUUGCACCGGAUGGGGGAACACACUUGGUUACUACAGUAAAAGGAACAACGGGAUACUUGGAUCCUGAGUACUACAUGAACAACACGCUUUCCGAGAAAAGUGAUGUAUUCAGCUUUGGGAUUGUGCUAUUGGAGUUGUUCACUGGGAGGUUACCUAUUGUAAAUGGCCGCCACAUUCUUGCAACGGUGCAGAAGGCUUUGGACAAGGACAGCCUAUACGAAGUCAUCGACCCUAGAAUUCGGGAAAAAUGUGACUUCAACGCAAUUGAAGCAGGCAUCAAAAUUGCCUUACGGUGUACUGCUCCAGCGUCACAGGAUCGCCCAACGAUGUUAGAGGUAUAUGAAGAGCUGAAGGCUAUCCGUGGGAGAGAUUCCUCCCACGUCAGCAAUGACUCCAAUCGCUCUCCUGUCAGUAGAGAUAACUUGAAGAGCAGUGGGUAUUUCUCAAAGACUGCCGAGGAUGAGCAGAGGGUGAAAGGUAAUGCCAGAAAAGAUCCUUAUGAAUCUGACAAUUGGCCAGACACAUUCACAAGUUCCGGUGUGACAAUUGUGAAUCCAGAUAUCACCCAGAUUGCUCCGAGGUGAUCCAGCAUUAUGGUCAAAUACAUAGUCCCUUCACAUUGGAAUUUAAUGCGGCCAGAAAAGUGUGAAAAGAUUGACUAAGUUCUUCAGACUUUUUAUCAUUCUGUGGAGGCAGGACCAUGAUGGCGUUAGGAAUCUAUCCAAGUGGUAGUGUCACAGUCGAAUGUCAAUUGGGCAGGCAGGAUGUGAAACACACUUGGAGGCUGUGCUACGGACGGCUGGAAAUGACUACUGGGUUGGAGCAAGAAAGGCAGAUAAGACCGGCCUAAACAUGGAAUUCCGAAUUCGUUGAUUGAUGGAGUGCCCUUCAGGUUGGGGUUUCGCUCCAGUCACUUGGACGGAUGAUCGUUCCUCAUCCUCUUACCACUGUGUGAAUGAUAUACAGGAAGCGGUGGUUGCUCGUUCCUCAUCCUCUUACCACUGUGUGAUAGCGGGCACUUUGAAGAACCCAUGGGACAAUCCCUCCCAUACCGCUUAAAAUGUGCGAAGUCUCUCUGUGUGCAGUCAUCAUGGUCAUCACCGUGUCCAGUCAAAGCCAUUUGAGUGGCAGUUUGUGAUGACGAGACAGGUUGAUGUUCUUUCCCAAUGUGAUUUAUUCUGUUGGCUCAUCCAUUUUGUGGCUGUAGGUUCAUCAUUACUUCAUUUCAGCGAUCAACACUAAUGCUCUCGCUUCACAUCAUGAUUUGCCAACUGUCAUAAUGCUCUGUAUGUGUCUACUUCCUGGAGUUGAAUCACUGAAGUCACACCCAACUUCAAAGAUUUUGAAGCCACUACAUGUAAUCGUACUUCACACUGUGAACAAGCGAUAUUUAAUCAUGGAUUGCACUAGGCAUCCUAUGCAGGAGGCGUUCCAGCCCCAGUACUCUCUGUCAGUGAAAUGGGCCCUACACCAAUGUAAGGAGAGGCCGCAUUCUCAACGUACCUACAAGAAUGCCCGAGGUCCAAUUCAUUCCCCCCUGUAUCGGGGUACUUCGACUGCAGUACUUCCCAAGCACUUGUCGGUUCGGAGAGAAUGAUGAAGUGAAGGAUUCUCCUCUCCCCAUCUGCUCUAGGCAAGGAAGAAUCGUAACUCAUGGAGCAGGGAUGGACUGAGAUGUUCAUAUGUAUGCCCGUCUGUGUAGAAGCCUGCUACAAUGGGUGAAUCUGCCUGCUUCGCAAACAGCCAGGAGCUGGAAGGCAGAGACUUCUGGUGACCUUUCUGGUUGAGAAAGGUUAUCGUGUUUACUAUCUAUGGACUAGGAAUGGUCUGUGGUAAGGUUAUUAAUUUAUUGCAUUUAUGGGGUAGAGACGGGCCUUGGGUAAAGAUACUGCGUUCAUGGACUACGUACGGAUGGUGUGGGGCGUAAGCAUGAUGGAUGACAAUUGCCUGCCUGUCACCGACAACCAGGCACAAUUUUGAGGUUUUCGGACCAUGUUCCGCCGGCUUUGCAUGCAGACUGGAACUGGCAGAUUGAAUGCUUCUGGGAUUUUAGAUACUAGGACUGACAUUGCGCUACUGCAGCGACAGACAUUUUCUGAUUUGGCGUUAUUGCUGAUGUCGGAGGCCCUGGCGUCCUGGGUGUGUGGAUUCCAUUCACUUUACCAAUUGGCUGCAGUUCACAAUUGAAAGUAGCAAUCUAGUUCCAUCAUCCAUGAGCUAGUGACUGUUAGUGAACAGUUGAUGUUUCUGUUCAAUUCGAGGAACUAAAAUCAAUGACCUCACCUACC